GGUGCUUAGGAAAUGCAGAGGGUUCCGGCAGCUGAUUCUUUCCCUCCCCCUCAAGGGAUUUCCUGCAGCUCAAUGGAUAAAACAGCAUGCUCUGAACAGUCAUGCUGCUUUUGCAACACGACCCUCACCAGGAAGAUAACGGAUACACCAGGAGGGAGGAGUGUUUUUAGCAGCACAUGUUUGAGUCCUUGUAUCAACGCAUCUGAGGAGAAGGGCAGGGAACAUUUUGGAUAGCUGAGCAUUAUCUCCAAAAAGAGCAGGAAGGAGAUGACAUCUGAAAAUGGAACACAGAUUUAACAGCAGCUGAGAGAGGUCCGUGUGUGACAGUUUACAACCUUUUAACAACAUCUGGGGCACAACAAGCAACUGGGACUCCUUGCCUAGAGUUACUCAGGUCAGUGGGGCAGUGACUGCUGGAAAAGGCCAUCUAGCCAUCUGAGCUCUUGAACAAUCUCCAGCCUCUUGGUUUCUAAAGGAGAAAAUGUGGCUGCCUGUUUGUUUUAUUGUGAGCUGUAAUCUUGUUCUUGUUUUGGGUUACAACUCCUUUCGGAAGAGCAUAGAGACGCUAGGCAAGAAACAAUAUCAAGUCCAGCAUGGAUUGUGUAGCUAUACUUUCCUUUUGCCUGAGAUGGACAAUUGCCGAUCUUCUUCCACCUCCUAUGUUUCUAAUGCAGUGCAAAGGGAUGCUCCUUUAGAUUAUGAUGAUUCCAUACAAAGGCUCCAGCUUCUUGAAAACAUCCUGGAAAACAACACUCAGUGGCUAAUGAAGCUUGAAAAUUAUAUCCAGGAUAACAUGAAAAAAGAAAUGGUAGAGAUCCAGCAGAACGCAGUACAGAACCAGACAGCAGUCAUGAUGGAAAUAGGCACAAACCUUCUAAAUCAAACGGCUGAACAGACCCGUAAAUUAACAGAUGUUGAAGCACAUGUACUGAAUCAGACAUCAAGACUUGAAAGACAGCUUCUAGCACAUUCCAUUUCAACUAACAAGCUAGAGAUGCAGAUUUCGGAUCAGACCAGUGAGAUCAGUAAAUUGCAAGAAAAAAACAGCUUUUUAGAAAAAAAAGUCCUCGAAAUGGAAGACAAACAUACGCUCCAGCUACAGACGAUCAAGGAUGAAAAAGAUAAGCUUCAGUUACUAGUUUCUAGGCAGAAUUCUAUAAUCGAAGAACUGGAGAAACAGCUGAUCACUGCCACAGCUAACAACUCAUUCCUACAAAAACAGCAACAUGAUUUGAGGGAAACAGUCCAGAACUUGUUUUCUAUAAUUGCUACACCAAAUCCAUCCAAGAACGCUUUGGUGGCUGGAGAAGAACAGAUCAGUUUCAAGGAUUGUGCCGAAGCAUUCAAAUCAGGAUUUACAACUAGUGGAAUUUUCACACUGUCAGGAGAGAAGAAGACAUAUUGUGAUAUGGAAACCAGCGGAGGAGGUUGGACAAUAAUUCAGCGACGCUUAGAUGGCAGUGUGGACUUUGACCGAACAUGGACAGAGUACAAAAUGGGAUUUGGGAACCCUUCUGGGGAGUAUUGGCUAGGAAAUGAGUUGGUUUCUCAACUAACCAACCAGAAGCAGUAUGUUCUUAAAAUACACUUGAAAGACUGGGAAGGAAAUGAGGCGUAUUCCUUAUAUGAACAUUUCUAUCUAGGAAGUGAAGAACUAAAAUAUAGAAUCAACCUUAAAGGACUUACGGGUACAGCCGGCAAAAUAAGCAGCAUAAGCCAACCAGGAAAUGGCUUUAGCACAAAGGAUGCAGACAAUGACAAAUGCAUCUGCAAAUGCUCCCAAAUGCUAACAGGAGGAUGGUGGUUUGAUGCCUGUGGUCCAUCCAAUCUGAAUGGCUUAUAUUAUCCACAGCGACAGAACACCAACAAAUUCAAAGGCAUUAAGUGGUACUAUUGGAAAGGAUCAGGUUAUUCUCUCAAAGCCACAACUAUGAUGAUCCGACCAGCAGACUUCUAAAAACAUUUGCACUUUGUAUAAUAUGUAAACUGAAAUAACAUCAAAAUAACUUCAUGUGACAAAUAUUUAAAUUUUACCUAACCACAGAUUCAAGUUGACUGCUUUUCCUGCCUAGACAAUAUACACAUCUAUUGUGCAAAAAUCAGUUGUUUCAAGUCCUCAUUUUGAUAGCCACCAAGCUUCAUCACAAUUAAAUAUCAAGCAAGAAGAUGUAUCGGAUGCAAUAAUGAUUUGGCAAAAAGUGAUUUACAAGGACUUCCCCACAUCCCAAGUACUAUACUGUCUUGAAUAUUUCGAACCAAUAACUGGAACUGUGAAAUACAUCUAAACCAUCACAUAAAAUAACAUAAGCUUAAAAAUCAUUGGGCUUUAUCACUGAACUAUAAUGGCUUUCUUAAAACAGGACAUUCCUUUGUAAACUAUACCCUAUUCCUUUCUUAUGCCAUGGUUGUAAGUAUGUACAUAAUGUGGUGUUUUGUAAUAAUUCUGGUAUUCAGAUUGUUAUCAUUCGUAAUCACACAUUCAGGGAUGUUUGAUAAGACAUGCUAGUAUAUUUAAUAAGAUUUUGUAAAAAAAAUUCUAUACUUUACAUAUCUUCUUUUUUAAAAAGUUAGUAUUGUGUAUAAUAGAGCACAGCUUUUGUUACUUGAAAUAUUAAUUUGUAUCACCAUUUUAGAAGUCAAAAUAUCCCUGCAGCUUAUUGAGCUUUAUAAUAUGAGUCAAUAUAAUUUCUUUUAAAAAUUGCCCUAUUCCUUUUUCCUUAGUUCUUUUAUGCUGAAAUAAAAUCAAAUAAUUGCUGAGUAUUUUAGAUGCAUUUAACAACAGCAG